AUGGAAGAAGAAGAAGAAGAAGAAGAAGAUGAUGAUGAUGAUGAUGAUAAUGAUGAUGAUGAAGAUGGUGACAAUGAUGGUGAUGAUGAUGAUAAUGAUGAUGAUGAUGAUGAUGAUGAUGAUGAUGAUGAUGAUGAUGAUGAUGAUGAUGAUGAUGAUGAAAGUAUAAGUGAAUCAAGACAAAAAACAUACAACAAUUCAUUUUAUUCUUAUUUGUCUAAUAGAUUUGUUAAUAAUAUUUGUAAAUGUUACAGAAAUGACAAAUUAAACUUGAAAGUUUACUGA